AUAGAGUAGCUAUAAAUAGCACCUCUUGUAUUGCAUCACACACAAUAUAUCAAUAUAUAUCAUAUUUUCUCUUGUGCCUUCUCACAACUAUAAUUGCAAAAACUAAAAAAGUUAUAUUAUCUCGGUUAAUUUGUGUGUCUUACUUAUAAUUUUGAUGUGUUUUAAAAAAUAAUUAUUUUUAUAAUACUUUCUUUUUAUCUUUAAUGAUACACAAGAUUCCAAAAGUUUUUUUGGAAUGUUAAUCUAAGAUUGAAAAGUGUUUGUUACAUUUGUGUAACCAAUCAAGUUACACAAUAGAAAGGGAAGGAGAAGGAGUACCAACUAAAGAGGGAUCCUCAAAAUUCAUUUCAAACUCGACCAAUCCCCACUCUACUAUGUUGGGUCAAGCUCAGCCACAAACCGUGGAGCAAAAUGAUGACGUAACCGAACUGGAAGAAGCAGGAACACUGGUGGAAGAGGUAGAAUUACUGGAGGAAGAAGUUAAGCAAAAGGCUGAGAGAAUAGCGGAGUACCGGGGCAGAAUUCUUGCUCAGCUUGAAACUAAGCUCUCUUCCAUUUUUGCGGCUCAAAGACCCGUUUUGGAGACCCGUUUUGACGACGGAUCCGUAUUUCAAUCUGGGCCCUCUAGUGAUCCCUGCAGCUCCGAUGUUGGAGGACCAACUAAUAUUGCCAUGUUAGCUGGAGAGGACCGGAAAGAAGCUGAGAAAAUACAGCUCCUUAAAAAGAAGAAUUUGGAGAGUGCUUCUGCUAUACCCGUUGCAUUAAAUAGGAUGAAGGAUUGUAUGGCAAGGAUUGAUAAACUACAAUCAUGCAACGGAGUCAUACAUCCUACCUUUAAAAGGAAAAGGAGUAGCUGACGAGCCUCUGCUAGCUAAAUCUGCUUGAGACUAAGGCAUAGUUGAUUGAUUAAUAUGAUAUUAGCUCACAAUCUAGAAGAUUUUCAAGAUCUGCAUUCGGCGUAACAGUAUAAAACUUUGUGAAGCUGACAUGAGCAUAAACUGAUUGUGUAAUUGUUGAAAAGGAUGGUUUUUGGUUUGUUUUUUGGCUAUCCGAGUCAUAUAUUCCACUUUUGACAACUUAUUUUGGCACCAAAUGGCCAUAUAUUGCAUUCAUGCUAUUCUUUUCCUUCGUUUA